CGGGUAACCGAAAGCGAAAUCCGCUGGCCCCGCCCUGUUGGCUGCGGAAGCGCGUCAGCUCGGGCGGCUCCCUGGCUAGCGCGGUUCCCAUCGCGGCGGACCGAGUAGCGCCUCGCGGACGCAACUAUGUGGGCGCUGGGGACCUGGGUGCUGCUGGGCGCCGUGUGCUCGGGUUCUGCCCAGUUGCAGUUCAAUGUAAUCAAGUCUGUUGAACAAACCAUUUGUAAUAAAACAGUCAUCAUACCUUGCAUAGUGACUAAUCUAAUACAGAACAAUAUUGGAACCAUGUUUGUUAAAUGGAAACUAGAAAAAAAACCAUUUUUCAUUUUUCGAGGAUCCACAAGAACGAUGGAGAGAAAUGAUAGUUUUUCAUCUGCUGAGUUAGAAUCUGAACAAAAUUUAACGUCUGGCAUUGCAUCAUUAAAAAUCUCAAGAACGCAAGCAGUUCAAGGAAACUACAGUUGUGAAGUGACAGAAUCGAGUAGGGAAGGAGAAACUGUAAUUGAACUUAUAUACCAUAGAGUGGCGUGGUUUACACCAGUAGAAAAUAUUCUCAUCAUACUCUCCAUGGUCUUGGCUAUUUUGUUUUAUUGGAUUCAGUUAGCCGUUACUGUAUCAAAAUUUGAAACUACACUUCUGAAGAUCGGCUUAUUUAUUGCAGGAGUUGUCAUCACAAUUUCUGCUGUUGUUGGUUUUAGUCUUUUAAUUUCAGAUGAGUUUAAGCCAGAGAAUCAAAUUGGACUUGGUUUAAUUGUACUCCCUGCUGUGAUUUUAGUGCCAUGUCAGUACUUUCUGCUUCAGAUAGUUUAUGAGAAUAAUCUAUCAUUUGCAAUUGGUGUGGUAAUUCUGGAAUCACUUGGUUAUUUGAUUGCUGUCAUUGGAUUUGGCCUGUGCAUUACAGCAUGCCGUCCAAAAAAUGGUGCUGUUGUGAUUGCUGGCUUAGCCAUUAUGGCUCUUAUUGCACUUGUUGGCCUAAUUUAUGCGAUUCUUUCGGGUUACAGCAAGAAAGAACAACCAACAAGGAAAGCUGUAGAAGAACCACUUAAUGAUGCAAAAGGAGUGAUGUUAGAAUGAUGGUGAGUCAAAUGUUACCUGCUGCUGUAGAUUUUGACCAGUUAAUUAACGUUUACUCUGGGAUUUUAAAAUUAAAAAUCACCUGUACCAAGGAUGCUGCUAAUAUAUGAUGCAGCAUAGGAUACAGAUCGCAUGAAGGGUGCAAUCUU